AAAGACAGCACUUUUUAUACUUGACGAAUUUUAGCGACACCAGCUAGAGCACCAUGAUCAAAGCUGAGGAUGGCACAGUCCCUCCUCCCUCUCCGCUUCGGGAUGAACCAACAUGCUUCACUCAAGAUAUUCCCGGUCCCGCUUCGGGCUCCUGGCAACCUGCUGUGCACGAGUCUCCGUCAGUCAACACCCAUAACAAAGAUGAAACGAAUGUGAUAUUGCCAUAUGCGAUCGAAGAACCCGAGGAUGAGCCUGCCGACACCUGGAAGGAGGCAGGUGCGAGACCGAGGUCGGCGUUACUUCUCCGGGAAAGUUCAGGACCCAAGCAAGAUGAUUUGGCGGACUCGAUGGAGGGUCUUUAUUGCGAUUCGGACCCUACAAGCCGCCGCUCAAGCUUCGCCGCUAAACGGGGCAUGAAGCGAAAGCCGUCGAGUGCACCUACCGCCCCGACUCGUCCAGCUCGAUCACACUCAACCAGCAACUCUUCCAAUACUCAAGAGGGAGGAUGCAACGGUCGUCCCAUAAAGCAACGUAGGCGAAGCCAGCGUUCAAGGAACCAUCUGGGGUUAUUCUCCGAUGUGUUUUGGCACGGGGGGGCCACCCCAGCGCGCAUAGUAAAUAUGGCAACCCGAACAUCGACUCGCCAGGCCGCCCAGAAGGCAAAGGAAGCCAUUGCGGCGGCUCCUGAUGUUAAAAGCCGAGGUACUGCUGGCGCAAAGCGCAAGGGCAGUGCUGACAAGGGAGCGGAGUCUAAGCGUAGCAAAAAAGAGGCCGACAAAGAGCCGGACGAAGCCAAGCAGCCCACGACCGGAAUUGAUGCGCAACCACCUAAAGGUCAUUCUGAGCAGGCCGGAAAGCCAGAAGCGAAGCCCGAAGAGCCGAGCAAUAAGCCUGCAGCUAAGCCAGAGGGUGAGCUCAAGGGAGGACCAGAGAAACCUGGCGAGAAGCCAGAGGACAAGCCAGAGGACAAGCCAGAGGACAAGCCAGAGGACAAGCCAGAGACCGAGUCAGAGACAAAGACAGAAGAAAAAGCAGAAGAACAGUCAGAGCUGGAUGAUGAGAACAAACCCGAAGACAUUCAAACAGAAACCAAAGAACUCAAUUUGGCUCCCGCCAAGGGCAACGAAGCUGGCGUCGAAACCUCGCAGGAGAGGGAGGAAAAGGUUCCGUCAAACAUCCUUGAAAAGGGUAUUAUUUACUUUUUCUACCGGUCCCGAGUCAAUGUGACUGAUCCUCAGGGUGUCGAUGAUGUUGCGCGCACUUUUGUGGUUCUGCGACCAACUCCCUUGGGAGCUACCUUGGACGCAAAGCAGGGCCCGGUUGACACUGGUGCCAAAUGUCGUUUGAUGGCUCUUCCAAAGAAAAGAUUCCCGACCUCUGGUCGUGAUCGAGUUAUGGGAUUCGUCGAAAAGGCUGGGCAAUCCAUGAAAGCACUGCAGGAAAGCUUCAUUGCUGGAGGGCAAUAUGACACCACCACCCAAGGCGAGCGUACCGUUCCUGAUGCCCGUCCGUAUGCAGAAGGCGUCUACGCAAUUACAUCUACCAAACGAACCUCUCAUCUGGCUUACGUUCUCACAAUUCCUGAUCAGAUUGGAUCACUUCAGGAAGACUUUGGCCUCCGGGCACGGGGCAGCUGGGUUGUGCAGUCGAAGAACCCAAAACACCCUGGGCCAUCCUACGCUCAACUUCCUAAAGAUCCCGAGUAUCCCGACAGUGUGCUUGCUAAAUUCGGCGACUACCGCUGGAGGCCGCUGGAGCCUGAAUUCAUCGAUUAUCCCAACGCACAGUUCCUUGUGGUUGGGGAAGCUGUGGACGAGCUUGGAAAGGCUGCAACUGCAGAGGAGGAUGGCAAGAAAGCUGAUGAGGUGCAGCCUGGAGAAGAGCUCGAGCACCUAGAGCAGGAAAACGAGGAGCGGGUGGAAUCUCUGCGGGGAGACGAUACAAUCUAUGAGGAUCUUGGUCUCGAUGCGAAGAACUAUCCUGCCGUUCCGACAACCUGGGAGAGUCCGUAAUGAGCUUGGGUAGCUGCGAUGACCAAAAAGUAUCUUGUAGGACAUGGCAGGCCAACAACGACGCGGCAUGAUAGAAGAUGAGGACGAUGACGCUGACGAAGAUGAGAUGAAGUCAGUGUGAAGAUCACCGCUGCAGUCAACUAAAAAUAAUGCGAAUGCAAUGCAAUUACUUGUUUCCUUGGCUAUGGCCUAUUCGGCCGUGGUCCUCCACAGGUUUAGAACGAAUUGCAGGC